AUGUUGCCGGCGGCGAGUAUCUCGGCGUUUACACUAUGCGGGCUCCCUCCGACGUCCACCGUCCUCCUUUCUCAUCGCCCGCCUCUCCCUCCCCGGGGACGUCGUCUCAGGGUCAGAAUUGUGGUAGCUUCAGCUGCCGGCAGCAGCAGGCCGGCGGCGGCCAUGGGGAAGCAGCCGCCUCACGUCUCUAUGGAGGUCGGGGACGACGGCGUGGCGGUGGUCAAAAUCUCUAACCCUCCGGUUAACGCUUUAGCUGUUCAAAGCAAGGACGGCAAAUUUUCCGGCGGGUUUGACAUCAACGUGAUACAGAAUGUUCAUCGAACCGGGGAUGUUUCGUUUAUGGAUGGUGUUUCUGUUGAUCUCGUUGUCAACACAAUUGAAGAAUGCAAGAAACCUGUUGUUGCUGCUCUGCAAGGAUUGGCAUUGGGAGGAGGCUUAGAACUAGCCCUGGGAUCUCAUGCUCGUAUUGCUGCACCAGGAACUCAACUCGGCUUGCCAGAACUGUCACUUGGCGUGAUUCCUGGCUUUGGAGAACUGCUGAAAGUAUCUCGAGAAUGGGCUCUGGACAUUGCUGGCAGGCGAAGGCCGUGGGUUCGUUCCCUUCACAAGAGUGACAAGAUGGGUUCCCUCUCUGAGGCCACCCAGGUGCUGAAAGCUGCUAGGCUGCAGGCCAAGAAAACCGCCCCGAAUCUGCCUCAGCAUCUGGGAUGUCUCGACGCGAUCGAGGAUGGCAUUGUUCAUGGAGGGUACAGUGGGGUUCUCAAGGAGGCAGAGGUGUUCAAGGAUUUGGUGUUAUCCGAAACCUCGAGGGGCCUAGUUCAUGUGUUCUUCGGCCAACGUGCUACAUCGAAGGUGCCUGGUGUGACCGAUGUUGGCCUCGAACCGAGGCAGAUCAAGAAAGUGGCUGUCAUAGGUGGAGGACUAAUGGGUUCUGGGAUAGCUACUGCCCUCAUUACAAGCAACAUUCAUGUUGUUCUGAAAGAAGCCAGCUCUGAGUAUCUUCACAGAGGGAUGAAAACAAUCGAAGGCAACAUUCGAAACUCGGAGAAAAGAGGGAAGUUGACAAAGGGUCAGGCUGACAGAGCUCUCUCAUUGCUCAGAGGCGCAUUGGACUAUUCGCAGUUCGACGAUGUGGACAUGGUCAUCGAGGCAGUUACUGAAAACAUACCUUUGAAACAGAAGAUAUUCAAUGAACUUGAAGAGGUCUGCCCUGCACAUUGCAUUCUGGCAACAAAUACAUCCACCGUCGACCUGAAUGUGAUUGGAGAGAAUACUACGUCGCAGGAGCGUAUCGUAGGAGCACAUUUCUUCAGCCCUGCUCACAUAAUGCCACUGCUGGAGAUAGUGAGGACGGACAAGACCUCUGCACAGGCCAUUCUUGAUCUGAUGACAGUGGGCAAGGCUAUGAAGAAAGUCCCCGUCGUCGUGGGCAACUGCACCGGUUUCGCUGUCAAUCGGACCUUCUUCCCCUACUCUCUGAGUGCACAUAUACUAGCCCAUCUAGGCGUGGACAUUUUUCGAAUCGACAGGGUCGUCAGCAGCUUCGGCCUCCCCAUGGGACCUUUCCAGCUCCAGGAUCUAGCUGGGUAUGGAGUUGCUGUGGCUGUCAGCAAGCAAUUCGAGGGCGCGUUCCCUGAGGAUCGAUCGUUCAAGACGCCUCUGAUCCAUCUCUUGAUUGCGAGCGGACGAGAUGGCAAGAACAAUGGGAGAGGAUACUACAUUUACGAGAAGGGGAGCAAGCCGAAACCCGAUCCUUCGGUGCUACCCAUCGUCGAGGAGUCUAGGAAAAUCGCCAACAUUAUGCCCAAUGGAAAGUCGAUCGAUGUUAGCGAUCAAGAUAUUCUGGAAAUGAUCCUGUUCCCAGUGGUGAACGAGGCUUUUCGCGUGCUCGACGAGAACGUGGUGGUUCGAGCAUCGGACCUCGAUGUAGCCUCCGUGCUUGGGAUGGGUUUCCCAUCUUAUCGGGGUGGGAUCAUGUUUUGGGCGGACUUGGUCGGAGCGAAACACAUAUGUGAAAGGCUGACGAGGUGGUCGGAGUUGUACGGUGGGUUCUUCAAGCCGUCGAGCUACCUGGAAGAGCGAGCAGCAAGGGGAAUUCCAUUGCUACUACCAGCCCCGGCCAUGGCGAAGCCUCACGUGUCUAUGGAGGUCGGCAGCGAUGGCGUCGCGGUGAUCGCCAUCUUCAAUCCUCCAGUUAACGCUUUAGCUAUUCCAAUAAUCAACGGAUUGAAGGAGAAGUUCGACGAGGCUACCCGGAGAAACGACGUCAAGGCUAUCGUACUGACUGGCAAGGGUGGCAGGUUUUCUGGCGGUUUUGACAUCAAUGUGUUCCAGAAGGUUCAUGCGACUGGGGAUGUUUCAGCCAUGCCUGAUGUUUCUGUUGAUCUCGUUGUAAACACCAUCGAAGAUUGCAAGAAACCUGUUGUUGCUGCUGUGGAAGGAUUGGCGUUGGGAGGAGGCUUAGAACUAGCACUGGGAUCUCAUGCACGUGUUGCUGCACCAAGAACUCAACUUGGCUUGCCAGAACUGACACUUGGCGUGAUUCCUGGUUUUGGAGGUACACAACGACUUCCCAGGCUUGUAGGGCUGCCAAAGGCCAUUGAAAUGAUGCUACUGUCCAAGCCAAUCCUCUCUGAAGAAGGACAGAAGCUUGGUCUUAUUGAUGCUCUUGUCUCCUCUGAAGAGUUGCUGAAUGUAUCACGACAAUGGGCUCUAGAUAUUGCUGAAAGGCGCAAACCAUGGGUUCGUUCCCUUCAUAAGACUGACAAGAUUGGUUCCCUCUCUGAGGCCCGUCAAGUACUGAAAGCUGCUAGGCUACAAGCCAAGAAGACCGCCCCAAAUAUGCCUCAGCAUCUGGGAUGCCUUGAUGUUAUUGAGGAUGGCAUUAUUCAUGGAGGCUACAACGGGGUUCUGAAGGAGGCAAGAGUGUUCAAGGAGUUGGUAUUAUCAGAGACUUCUAGGGGUCUAGUUCAUGUAUUCUUUGGCCAGCGCGCUAUAUCAAAGGUGCCUGGUGUCACUGAUGUUGGCCUUAAACCUAGGCAGAUAAAGAAAGUGGCUGUUAUUGGUGGCGGGCUAAUGGGUUCUGGAAUAGCUACUGCUCUCAUUACAAGCAACAUAUAUGUUGUUCUUAAAGAAGUCAACUCUGAUUAUCUUCUCAAAGGGACAAAAACUAUAGAAGGAAAUAUUCGGAACUUGGAAACAAGAGGAAAGUUGACAAAGGAUAAGGCCAACAAAGCUCUCUCAAUGCUCAAAGGUGCUUUAGACUAUUCAGACUUCAAUGAUGUGGACAUGGUCAUCGAGGCAGUUAUUGAGAAUAUUCCCUUGAAACAAAAGAUAUUUGGAGAACUUGAAAAGGUUUGUCCUGGUCAUUGCAUUUUGGCAACAAACACAUCCACCAUCGACCUAAAUGUGAUCGGAGAAAAGACUAACUCACAGGACCGAAUCAUUGGAGCACACUUUUUCAGCCCUGCUCAUAUAAUGCCUCUCCUGGAGAUAGUGAGGACGAACAAAACCUCUGCACAAGCAAUUCUUGAUCUCAUGAUAGUUGGGAAAGCUAUCAAGAAAGCUCCUGUUGUCGUGGGCAACUGCACUGGUUUCGCAGUCAAUCGGACUUUUUUCCCCUACUCACAGAGUGCACAUAUAUUAAUCCAUCUAGGUGUUGACGUCUUCAGAAUCGACAGGGUCAUCAGCAGCUUCGGCCUCCCUAUGGGACCUUUCCAGCUCCAGGAUUUAGCUGGAUAUGGAGUUGCUGUGGCAGUGAGCAAAGAAUUUAAUAGUGCAUUCCCUGAUCGCACAUUUAAGACACCCCUGAUUGAUCUGCUGAUUAAGAAUGGACGAAAUGGCAAGAACAACGGAAGAGGAUACUACGUCUAUGAGAAGGGAAGUAAGCCAAAACCUGAUUUUUCAGUUCUACCCAUCAUUGAGGAGUCUAGACGUGUUGCCAAUAUGAUGCCCAAUGGAAAGCCAAACAAUGUUACUGAUCAAGACAUCUUGGAGAUGAUCCUCUUCCCAGUGGUGAACGAGGCAUGCCGAGUACUCGACGAGGACGUGGUGGUUCGAGCAUCAGACCUCGAUAUAGCAUCUGUGCUUGGGAUGAGCUUCCCAUCUUAUCGUGGUGGGAUCGUCUUUUGGGCGGACCUGGUUGGGGCAAAGCAUGUAUAUGAUAGGCUAUCGAGGUGGUCGGAGUUGUAUGGUGGGUUCUUCAAGCCAUCGAGCUACUUGGAAGUGCGAGCGGCAAGGGGAAUUCCAUUGAGCGCUCCUGCAUCAUCUCUCACUUCCUCGCCGAAGUCUCGCCUGUAGACGACAACAACAACUCCACACGUUGCAGCCAUCGUCAAGUCAAACGCAAUAAAAUGUUGGGAAAUGUAUUUGAGAUCCUCGUACCCAACAAGGAAGGAUAGAUACGGUUUAGAAACCUUUGGACUUUGAUAGAUAAAAAUGGGCAAUGACUUGAGGUGCUAUCAUCAUUUUAUCGAUCGAUGUCUUGGUCAUUGUAGAAGAUAGAUUUGGCGGAAGAAAUAAGUGCAAGUAUAGCCGGAUUGAACUAGUUUGAGUAUCAAUUUCUGGAACAAAUGCAACGGAUUUUGUUGCCUUCCUCCUCUCUGCAAAACUUAUUUGAGCAGAUAUUUUAGAUCGCUCAUUCUAUCAUCUGCUCUUGGUAUUAGUUCUGCCCAUGGAAUUUGGUAUUGUAGUGGAUCAACGCGGUUGGACCGGAAUUGUAGUGGAUCAACGCGGUUGGACC